UCCAUCGCCUUAUCUUGUUGACUCUUCUUCUCCUUCUUCUCUCAAAAAAGCCCACCCACUGCGAUUACUACCACCAACUCCGUCUCCCUCCGAGCAAAGAUGUCGGCGACGCUAACGGGAUCAGGAACUGCCUUGGGCUUCUCUUGCUCCUCGAAGAUCUCGAAGCGAGUCUCCUCCUCUCCUUCCACUCGCUGCUCCGUCAAGAUGUCAUCAGUCUCCGUCGACGAGAAGAAGAAGAGCUUCACCCUUCAGAAAUCCGAAGAAGCUUUCAACGCCGCCAAGAAUCUAAUGCCUGGAGGUGUGAACUCCCCUGUUCGAGCCUUCAAAUCCGUCGGUGGUCAACCCGUUCUGAUCGACUCAGUCAAAGGCUCCAAGAUGUGGGACAUCGACGGUAAUCAAUACAUCGACUACGUCGGCUCCUGGGGACCAGCCAUCAUCGGCCACGCCGACGACGAGGUUCUCGCGGCUCUAUCCGAGACCAUGAAGAAAGGAACGAGCUUUGGCGCUCCUUGUCUCCUCGAGAACGUUCUCGCCGAGAUGGUUAUCUCAGCUGUUCCCAGCAUCGAGAUGGUUCGGUUCGUUAACUCCGGGACCGAAGCUUGUAUGGGCGUGCUCCGUCUCGCCAGAGCUUUUACAAACAAAGAGAAGUUUAUUAAGUUCGAAGGUUGUUACCACGGUCACGCCAACGCCUUCCUCGUGAAAGCUGGUAGUGGUGUAGCCACUCUAGGGUUACCUGACUCCCCUGGUGUGCCUAAAGCGGCUACUUCGGAUACGCUCACGGCUCCGUAUAAUGAUAUUGAAGCGGUUGCGAAGCUCUUUGAGGCUCAUAAGGGAGAGAUCUCUGCGGUUAUUCUCGAGCCUGUUGUUGGUAACUCUGGUUUCAUCGCUCCUACUCCUGAGUUCAUCACCGGUUUGAGGAAGCUGAGUAAAGACAAUGGUGCUCUUUUGAUCUUCGAUGAGGUCAUGACUGGGUUUCGUUUGGCUUACGGUGGAGCUCAGGAGUACUUUGGGAUCACUCCUGACUUGACAACUCUUGGGAAAAUCAUCGGUGGUGGUCUUCCCGUGGGUGCUUACGGUGGAAGACGAGAUAUUAUGGAGAUGGUUGCUCCUGCAGGGCCUAUGUACCAAGCUGGGACUCUGAGUGGUAACCCUCUGGCUAUGACCGCAGGGAUCCACACGCUGAAGCGGCUAAAGCAGCCAGGGACGUACGAGUAUUUAGACAAGAUCACAAAGGAGCUGACCAACGGGAUCUUGGAAGCAGGGAGGAAAACAGGACAUCCGAUGUGCGGGGGUUACAUAAGUGGUAUGUUCGGUUUCUUUUUCGCGGAAGGACCGGUGUACAACUUCGCUGACGCGAAGAAGAGCGACACGGAGAAGUUUGGUAGGUUUUUCAGGGGGAUGUUGGAGGAAGGUGUUUACUUUGCACCGUCUCAGUUCGAGGCUGGGUUUACCAGCUUGGCUCACACUCCUGAGGAUAUUCAGUUCACUAUUUCUGCGGCCGAGAGGGUCCUCGGAAGGAUCUAGAGCAUUCUUGUUCUUGUUUUUUUUCUCGUCGGUAGCUUGAGAGUUUUGUAUGAUGAAAUAUAGCCUUUAUGGUGUAUUCUCUUGAAGUUAUUAUUGCUUUGUUCAUUCAAAUAAACAAAUGUUGUUGUUGAGUUCAAGUUUCCUAGACAAAAAUCAUAAACAUGUUUAAAGAAUAAUGGAAAAGAAAUGAAAAAGAGCUUUCCAUA